AUGCUUGCUCGUCGAGAAGAAAUCGCACACGGCGCAGCACAGCAGUCGGCCGCCGUGUCCUUCGGAGAGCUUGCGCUCCCUCUCCCGUACAAGUGUCUGCUGCUUGUCACCGCGGGUGUCUGGCUCUGGUACCUGAACCUGCGUGUUUGCUACGCGUGCAAGAUCGACACGCUCCAGGUGCUCAAGCUGAGCGGAACUGACAACCACAGGCUCGUCAGAGCCAGUCUCAACGUUGCAUACAAAGUCUCCUUCAUGAACCUUGUGAAUUACAGCAUCUACCUCCUGUUUGUGUCCAACGAGCAGUAUUUCAGAGGCCUCGAAUAUCUCCCCCUGCUGGCCAUAAUGCUGACGUUUGGAACGCUCAUGUGGCCGUAUGGCGCGCAGUCACCAGAAAGAAAACGGUUUGUCGAAACCGCGCGUCGCAUAUGCGUCGGAAACAUCGACAUUCCUCACAGAAAUAACGAUAUUCUGCUGGCUGAUACAUUUACGUCGUACACCAAGGUGCUCGUCGACUUUCUGGUAUAUGUGACAGCUCUGGCUCUUGGCUACCAGACGCUGCCGUCGCCGAACAUCAAACAGGAGCUCACAAAGGACCACUUGAAGAUAUACAACCUCGACAUCCUGCUCUCGAUGUAUCCGUCCCUGAUCCGGUUCAAGCAGUGUCUGCACGAAUAUGAACAGAGCAGGCGCAGAAAUAAGCAGCAUCUGAUGAACGCCAUCAAGUACUCGUCCGCGUUCCUGCCCCUGUUUGCAAAUAUUCUCAUCCGGUCCAAUAUGGCUGGUCUGCGGAUCUGGUAUCUUGCCGUGUUCAUAAACUCGUCCUACACGUUCUUCUGGGACGUGCAUUACGACUGGAACUUCCAGAUGUUCAUGAGAUUCCUGUCUAGUAAGCGCGGUCUGCCGCUGCUGCGCCACAAGCUCGUGUACACCUCCACGUUCUACUACCUCGCCAUCUUCAUCGACCUCCAACUGCGGUUCGUCUGGGUCUACAGGCUGCUGUACCCAGAUCUGCUCUCGGGCGAGCAGUACUCCUGGGUGGCUGCAGUUCUGAGCUCGUUGUACGUCGACGAGACAGGCAACUUUGUUCUCGAGAUCCUCGAGAUCUUCAGAAGAUGGGUCUGGGUCUUCCUCAAGAUCGAGACAGAGUAUCUGAAAUCAGCGACCGAGCCGGACCUCGAGUUGCAAAGUAUGUAA